AUGAUGGAAAAAUUUGGAUUCCAUAAAGUAUCGAAUCACCCUACAUCACCAAAUCAAUCAAGAAUAACUCAUAAUAUACCAAUACCACAUCCUCAUGUAACUUCACCACCAAACUAUUCAGAAACAGUCAAGAAAGUUUUAUUAGUGAAAAAUGCUCCUGGAAAUGAUGUUGUUUUAUCUAAUAGGGUAGCUGUAAAUCCUGGAGAUUUUCAACAUAUACCUGAUAGAACUCCAAUAAUCUUAGAUGGAGUAUUUGUAUAUUCUAUAGCUAAAGAUGAUAGAGUUUCACCAGGAUGUAUUGGAUUAUCAGGAAAUAUAAGAACAUGGGGUAAGUAUUCAUUUGAUCAAAAAGUUCAUGUUGAAAAUUAUGAUAUUUUUCAAAAUGGUCAACAACAACAAUAUUUAGGAGCAAUUGAUUUAUCAAUAGAUUUUGUUAAAUCUAAAACUAAUAGUACAAAUUUAAAUCAUGAUGAUUUAAUAAAUAUUUUUCAUCAAAAAUAUGAGAAUCAAAUUUUACAACCUACUCAAGUUAUAUAUAUGGAUUAUAAUGGAGUUUAUUAUUCAGUUAAAGUUGAACAAGUACAAAUUAUUGAUGUAAAUACAAAAGAUAAUUUACCAAGUUUUAAAGAUUCAAAUGAUAUCAAAACUAAGGGAAUAUUUAUAAAAUCAACAGAUAUUGUUUUUUAUCCCUUUGAAAAUUCAAAAAUUCAAAUUUCAAAAAGUAAAAGUUUAAAAUCAAGAAUAUUUGGUGGAAAUGGUUCAAUAGAAAAUAGACAUUCUAGAUCAAGAAAACAAAUUAUAAAUCCAGAUUUUAAAUUAGAAGAUUUAGGAAUUGGUGGAUUAGAUUCUGAAUUUCAAGAUAUUUUUAGAAGAGCUUUUAAUUCAAGAAUUUUACCACCAGAUAUUGCUGAAAAAUUAGAUUAUAAACAUUGUAAAGGUUUAUUAUUAUAUGGACCACCAGGUACUGGUAAAACUUUAAUUGCUCGUAAAUUAUCAAAAAUGUUAAAUGGUAAAGAACCCAAAAUAGUUAAUGGACCUGAAAUGUUAAGUAAAUAUGUUGGUGCAUCAGAAGAAAAUAUUCGUAAUUUAUUUAAAGAUGCAGAAGCUGAAUAUAAAUUAAAAGGAGAAGAUUCAGAUUUACAUGUUAUUAUAUUUGAUGAAUUAGAUUCUGUUUUUAAACAAAGAGGUUCUGGAAAAUCAGAUGGUACAGGUGUUGGUGAUAAUGUAGUUAAUCAAUUAUUAUCUAAAAUGGAUGGUGUUGAUCAAUUAAAUAAUAUCUUAAUUAUUGGUAUGACAAAUAGAUUAGAUUUAAUAGAUACUGCAUUAUUAAGACCAGGUAGAUUUGAGAUUCAAAUUGAAAUUGCAUUACCUGAUGAAAAGGGAAGAAAAGAUAUAUUUUUAAUUCAUACAAGAAAAUUAAAAGAAAAUAAAUUAUUAACUUCAGAUAUAAAUUUUGAUGAAUUAAGUUCAUUAACCAAGAAUUUUACAGGAGCAGAAAUUGAAGGGUUAUGUAAUUCUGCAAAAUCUUAUGCUAUAUCAAGACAUACAAAAAAGGGAUCAUUAGCUCAAAUUGAUCCUGAAUCUAUAUCAAAUAUGCAAAUUACAAGAAAUGAUUUUUUAUUAGCUCUAAAUGAUAUAAGACCUGCUUUUGGUACCGAUGAAGAAGAUUUAUCACAACAAGCUAAACAUGGAAUAAUACAAUUUAAUCAAACUAUAAGACAUAUUUUUGAAAAAGGUCAAUCAAUUAUUGAUGUUGUAAGAUCAAGUGAAUCAGAACAUUUAAGAAGUUUAUUAUUAUAUGGACCACCAGGAGUUGGUAAAACAGCAAUUGCAACAACAUUAGCAUUAAAUAGUGAUUUCCCAUUUAUAAAAAUGUUAUCAGCUGAAACUUUAGUUGGUAUGGGAGAACAACGAAAAAUUCAAGAAAUUGAUAAUAUUUUUAGAGAUGUUCAUAAAUCUCCUUUAAAUGUUUUGGUGAUUGAUAAAAUUGAAAAUAUAAUAAAUUAUAAUCCUAUUGGUCCACGUUUUUCAAAUGAUGUAUUACAAGUUUUAAUGGUAUAUUUAACAAAACAACCACCUCGUGGUAGAAAAUUAUUAAUAAUAGGUACAACUUCACAAUAUUCUGUUUUAAAACAUAUGAAUUUAACUGAUUCUUUUAAUGAUGUUAUUUCAGUUCCACCAGUUAAAACAAUUGAAGAAAUUGGUAAAGUCCUUGAUAAAUUAGGAUUUAUGAAUAAAGAUGAUAGAUCUGAAAUUUUGAAUCAAUUAUCAAAAUAUGAUAUAAAUAUUGGUGUUAAAAAUUUAAUUGAUGUUUUAAUGGUUAGUAAAUAUUCAAAAGAUAGUGUUGAUGAAGUUGUUAAUAAUAUAAUAGAAAAAAUGGAUUCUUAG